AGCAGGCAAUAAGUAGCUUGUAUUCAAAGUGCAAGGGCUAAGCAAUUUAGAGGAUUGAAUAUGAUUAUAAAGGUGUCUUGAAGAGCGCGAAAACAGAGGCCUACUGAAAAGACAUAAUUAAGGAAGGGACUUUAUAAUUUGAGAAAAGAUGAUGGGAAAGUGGCCUUCUGCCAUGGAAAACCCAGUAAAGAGGAGGAAGCUCUCAGAUAAAGCAUUCCAUCCAGAAGAGGAAAAUUGGAAUGGAGCACCUGAGUCUAAGCCAACACCUACAUCACCACACUGUCUGAGGAUGCUGCUGUCCCAAGUACAAAGUGGUGACUUGCAAUGGAAGAAGAUCAAAAGAGAUAACCUUGAUCUAGAUUAUACGGUUUUGUUUUCUAAGGCAGUAGCAAGUUCAUUGCUGCAGGCUCUGGAGGAGCAGGUGGAAUACUUGACAGGGGACCUGGCCAGAGUGAGGGUGUUUGGCAAGUGGCACAACCUGCCAAGGAAACAGGCAACAUAUGGUGACACUGGACUGACUUACACAUACAGUGGAGUCCAGACCCCAGCCCGUCCCUGGCUUCCACCACUGCAGCACAUACGAGACUUGCUUGCCAGAGUCACUGGUCAUCACUAUAACUUUGUGCUCAUCAAUAGGUAUAAAGAUGGGAGUGAUAAGAUGGGAGAACACAAAGAUGAUGAAAGAGAAUUGGAUGCAAAUACCCCCAUUGCCUCUCUGAGUCUUGGACAAGAGAGAAACUUCUACUUCCGACAUCAAGAUUCAAGACCACCCAAAAAGUUGAACAUUGAGAAAGUACAAAUGCAGCUUCAACAUGGAAGUCUUUUAUUGAUGAAUUCUCCUACCAACAACUUCUGGUACCAUGCGCUUCCUCCACGUAAGGCUUGCCAAGGAGUUAGAGUUAAUCUCACAUUUAGGAAGAUUGUAGCCAGUCAUUCUAAUAAAAAGGUUAUCAAACCUUCUCCUUAACACAAAUAGACAAGCAAAUACACUACAUUUUUCAAUGAUAAUAUAGAUAUUUUCUAUUUAUAACAUUGUUAAGAAUUAUGAUAACCUCAUUUUAUUUUUGCCUCAUUUCUAAAAUAGUGUUACUUUUAUUCUCUUCUCAUGUCAUAAUGCAGAGAUACUGAGGUAUACUAGUGUUCUUGAACCAGGUGUAGAGGUGGUCAUUUGGAUUAUUUUCUCUUUCCAUAGAAACACGGUGUUCAGAAACUUAGGGAAUGAGAUUGUGAGCUAAAGCUGAGGUGGUCAUCAGACACCUUAUGGUCUAGGCUUGCUUUUUCUAGUUUUGGAUUGCUUCUUCUAGUUUUGAAUCCCAAUGACAUCCAUCUGAAUGAUGAUGUCCCAUUGUUUUGAAAUGGGGAAUGUAUAGUUUUUCAUAGUCAUGAUCAUUGUAUUUACCAACAUCAUUUGAACUUUUACAGGAUUGAAUUAAUAAGCUCAUUGUGUUCUGUUUUUAUUUUCACUGAUGCCAUUCUUUGGCAAUGCAUUUCAUUGAUCAUUUGUCAUAUUUUAGAAUACAUAUUUAAUCUAGUAUUCUUUGGUAUCAAGCAGAGUAAGACAAAAUGAUACAGGACAAAGAAGUAGACACAAUACUAAACUUACUUAAGCAUAUGAUAAAGAAAUAGAUUAGAAGAAUUAUGGAGUAGGAGAAUAUGAAAAGAUGUAAGUAAACCUGUAAAUUUUAUCCUACAGAAUAGUGGUGUGGUAGAAGUGAGGCUGAGAAAUCAAUAGAAAAAAAAAAAAAAAAAAAUCUUAGAAAUUGUAACAUUUAAUGAAUGAUAUAUGCUCUUGUAUAAAUUUCACUUGCUCACUACUGAUUUACCCAUCUCCUUUGACUUUUUUUCCUCUAUUUACCUGUUAUUUGUAAGAGUUGUAUCGGUAUUGUAUUUUCUAAAAUGUGAUUGAACAAGCUCAUUUAUUUGUUUAUUACCAGGUGUAUAAGUGUGUUAUUUAUUUUUGGUUUGUUCAUUCUUUCAUUGAACAGUAUUUUGUGGAUCUAAAAGAAAUCUUGAAAAAGCAAUGUGAAUUCAAAUGUACUACAUAUACAGUAUCUAAUUUUCUAGAAUUCAAUCAUGUCUCCUUUACUUCUGUCCUUAGGUUUGGCUAAACUGAGUUUCUUAAAGUUUCCUUAAUUGUUAAGGUAUUUUAAACCUGGCACCAGUUUUAUUCUUUGUAUGCUUUCAUAUAACUCAUAUUUUAGUGUAUUAUAUUUGAAAUGCAUAUUGAAAGAGGAUGUGUAGGUAUAGGUUUUGCAUGUGAGAGGGAAGCAUCAUUCUUCCUCCUCUGCUUAUUUGUGUGAUCAUGGAGUAUUAAGGGAUAUAGCAUCUGAGUCUCUUGUUUUUUAAGGACAUUAUGAUGGUUCUCAAUUUGUUAUUGGCUGCACUGCUUUUUGGCAUUACCAUGCAUCUAUUUCAAUGAUUUUAUGAACUUUUACCAGUCUUUCAUCCAGUGUUGAUAUUAGUGGAAAGAGAGACUAUAUGAAAACAAAUAUCAUUUCACUAAUAAUGUCAUUGUUACACUCU